UUAAAAUCUGAAGUCAGCAGAAUGCCUGAACCCGCAAAGUCCGCGCCCAAGAAGGGCUCCAAGAAAGCCGUGACCAAGACGGCCAGCAAGGGAGGAAAGAAGAGGAGAAAGACCAGGAAGGAGAGCUACGCCAUCUAUGUCUACAAGGUGUUGAAGCAGGUCCACCCCGACACCGGCAUCUCCUCCAAGGCCAUGAGCAUCAUGAACUCGUUUGUUAACGACAUCUUUGAGCGCAUCGCCGCUGAGGCGUCUCGUCUGGCUCACUACAACAAGCGCUCCACCAUCACUUCCAGGGAGAUUCAGACCGCCGUGCGUCUCCUGCUGCCCGGUGAGCUGGCCAAGCACGCCGUGUCUGAGGGCACCAAGGCUGUCACCAAGUACACCAGCUCCAAGUAAAUAGCUGUGCUGCUGCACUCUCA